AUGAAGAAACCUUUUGGGAGUCCAGGGAAAGCAAGUGGUCUGAUAUUACGGAUAGGGCAAUGCUUGUUUUCAACAGCUUCAAUUGGAGUGAUGACUUCUGCUUCUGGCUUCUCUACUGUUACUGCGUUUUGCUACUUAAUUGCAUCAAUGGGGCUUCAGGUUUUGUGGAGUUUUGGACUUGCCUGCCUUGACAUGCAUGCUUUGAGGUUCAAUAAAGACCUGCAUAAUCAUAUCAUCGUGAGCUUGUUGGUCGUUGGUGAUUGGGUAAUAGCAACUCUAUCGCUGGCUGCAGCAUGCUCCUCAGCUGGUGUCAUGGUUUUGUUUAGUAAAGACACAGAUAUCUGUAAGGCAGAUCCCAAAUUCUCUUGCAAUAUAUUCCCCGUCUCAAUAUCAUUUGCUUUCGCCUCCUGGUUUCUCCUAUCCAUAUCAUCUUAUGUAAUGCUUUGGCUUGUGGCCUCGAUUUGA